AUGGGGAGUGGCGGCAGCGGACGCGGGGCGGGCAGCGCCUGGUCGGGGACCCCGAAUCGCCAGAGGGUACCCCCGUGGAAGAGGAGCAGCAGUGGCAGUCGCCCUCCUCGCAGCAGCUACGUGGUGUGCGACGGGUGCAGCAGAUGGCGCUACUGCAAGAACAUCACCAGCAGGGGCGACCUCUGCAUCUGCGGCAAGAACAUCGCCAGCCUCGUUCCCGACGGUCAUGUCUUCCGUGAAGACGAUGGCGGGUGGCUGGCAGCACAGCCCCAAGGAGGAACCUCGCCCAGGAUCAGCUGGGCAGAUGGUUGGCAGCCAGGUGGUGGUGCAGGCGGGAAAGGACAAGGAGGCCAACGCCAGCCACCACCUCACGACAAGACAGCCGACCUCAAGGCUGCUGCCGCAGCAGCAUACAGCAAGCUCAACAAGGACGACCCGCUCAGGCAGCACUACGAGGCCCUCUGGCCAGAGCUCGCCGCAGCCAAGCCGCCAGCAGACCAACCAGUUGCUGGAUUCAAGGCAGUGGAGGCAGCUGCUCGACGCUUGGACAAACUCCAGAAGAAAGUGCGAUCGGCAGGAGAGCAAGUUGAGAGUGCCCAGCAGUACUUGGCCGAGAGUGAACGCAAGCUUCGUGAAGCCAUGGAAGCCUCCAUUGCAGCCGAAGAUGAGUUCGACAAGCUCAAGGCCACAGUCGGCAAGCAAGAGACACCAGCAGAGCCUGCAGCCGAGAAGCCAACUCUGGCAGCCCUCCUGGAGCAGUUCGAGCACGAGCCUGACGACUUCCACAAGUGGUCCGAGCCAGACAAGGAGGUCUGGCGGGCAGCAAAGGCCAAGGGCGAGCGGAUGGCCCAGACGGUCAAGGAGCACGAGGAGGAGACGGCGAAGCACCUGCGACUGCUGGAGGAGGAGACGACCAGGCACCAGGAGCAGCUGCGCCAGCUCGAGCAGCCCCUCAGCGAGGUGCCUCCGCAUGCACUGAGGCAGCAGGGACAGCUGGAGCGGCUGUGCCCACCGGCGCCGCAGCAGCUGCACAACCUGGAGCAGGUGCAGCAGAACAUGACAAAGCAGAAGAACGCCGAGCCAGAGUGGAGGCCCACAUCCAGGAGGCGCGCGAGAAGGUCUCGCAGGCAAGGCGCGCCGAGACAGUCGUCGACGCAGAAGGGCAGGGCGACCACUCGGCAGGGUAGCCGCCCCAAGGCGAGCGUGAAGAAGGCUCGCCGCCCGUGCCACAUUGACUUCUUCAACGUCACGACCUGGGGCCCCCAGGCGCAGGGCUACCUCAUGGAGAUCAACAACACCAAGGACAGGGAUAUCAUUGGCAUAGCGGAGCACCACCUCCGCCAGCCAGCACAGAUAAGCAAGGCAAGAGCGGCGCUCAGGAGGAAUGGCAUGCACAGCUACUGGACCAAGGCACGGCCAGGAGAAGGAGAAGGCACUCGAGGAGGUACGUGUGCCAUCACGCGAGGACCCAUGGACAUCCAGGACAGGAUUGCGGGAUUCGACGAGCACUACCUGCACGAGGACGGCAGUGACGUCGCGGUGGUGAUCUCCAACCUGCACAAGGUCCGUUUCGCAGUGGCUUUCGUCUACCUUGAGUGUGGGACGGGCUUUGGAGAGAGGAAUGUCGACAUCCUCUGCGACCUGCGGGAGAAGAUGGCCGUCUGGGGAGGGCCCUGGGCAGCGCUGGGGGACUUCAACAUGACGCCGUCGGAGUUCAACAACAGUAUUUGGCCCAGGGUGCUGAAUGCUCAGGUAGCUGCGGCGGAGGGUGGUGCCCCCACAUGUUUCCCAGCAGCAGGAGAGGCCAGGUGCAUCGACUUCGCGCUGAUCUCGCAGGGCCUGGCGCCGUACUUCGACCAGCUGGAGCUGCUCAGGACCGCGCCGUGGAAGCCGCACAUCGGCAUCCGCUUGAAGCUGAAGGGGCGGCCCCUCAUGCUCAAGGGCAGGGUACUUCGCAGGCCAUGCGCCGACGACAGCAAGCGCUGGCAGAAGCAGGAUGCGACCUGGACGAGAACGGACAUGGAGCCAGUGCCGCAGCUGCACUACGACAAGGAGGUCCAGCACGUCAUCUCUGACGAGCUGUGGCAGGCCACCUCCGAGCGAGUCAGCGUGCGCGCCAACGACGAGCUGCCCCAGCAUUUGCAGCACACAGUCGUCGGCAAGAUGAUGGAGCGGGACAUGCUGGACCUAGGACAACAGUAUGAUCGCUUCGCUAGCACCCUCGAGCUCAGCCUGUGCGAGAGCAUCGGCAUCCCAGAGGAAGAGCGAGGACGACAUCUUGGGCACAGCAGGCCCCCGAGUUACAAGAGCGUGAGCAUCAAGGACACCGUCACCUCUACGCCAUGGGCAGGGGUCGAAAGGAAGAUCCACGCGUGGUGGGCGGAGAUCUCCACCCUGGUGCGGCAGCUCUCGCACCACGAUGCCCGAGCGCAGGAGGCAGCAGCAAGCCGACUGGGCAAGACCCUGACAGUUCCCGGCGAAUACUCAGGAGGCGAACAGGGCCCGUCGGCGCCUGAGCCUGGCCCCGACAUGUCAGACAGCCAGGUAGGCGGCGGCAGCGGCUCCAAGGACAUCGCGAAUCAGCCAGCACCUGAGGAGGUCUCCCCACCUCAGGCCGAGGCGGGCGCAGCGGACCAACGGAAGGCAGCUGGUCCCUGCCCAGAGAUGGGUCAGGGGUUCUCGUGCCCCAAGUACAACGCCACGGGAUGUGUCCCAGACCUCGACGUGGGACCAACCCACAGCAGCGCAGACAGCUGCACAGAAGGGAUGCAGAGGGGUGCCCUUCCCCCACCAGCAGGACGCAGCACCAUGGACAUCCAAGAUCACGACCCCUUCGAGGACGAGGAGGACCACGUGGAGUACUGCCAGGAGAUCGCAGAUCAGGAGUACAGCGAUGGGUACCACCAGCACACCGAGGGGCAGCAGGACAGCCUCGAGUUCGGCCAGACCUUUCGCCGACGUGCAGCUGGAUCUGCCACUCCCUCACCUGCAGGACGCAACACCAUGGACGUCCAAGACUGCGGCCCCUUCGAGGAGGAGGAGGACUGCCCACAGUAUCGCCAGGAGACCGCAGAUCAGGAUGGCAGCGACGGGCACCGCCAGCGCAUUGAGGCGCAGCAGGACAGCAGCUACUGCGGCCAGUCCGCUCGCCCAGAGGCAGAGGAGCCACGCGAUAUGGGCCUGUCCCCACCAGACCGCUGGAAUGAAGACCAGCACCAGCGGGAGUGGGAAGACUGCGUGGCCAUGAGAGACGACUUAGAGUACUGGGCGGCCAUCUGGAUGGACAACUUGGUGCAGCUCCCCUCGGACAACAACAACUGGAUGCAGCUGCAUGUCCGCACCCACAGCGGCCACCAGACGCAGCAGCAGAUUAACACAAGAAGGCAGCUCGCGCAGCAGCUCAACCAGCCUGACCCAGGCAGGCUGAACGAAGAAGGUGCAGCCAAGGACCAGCGGCAGGCCCUCCUCACAGACCUGCACGCGAUUGCUGAGGGCGCCCUCGUGGACCCAGGGACGAUCAGCAGAGUAGCAGAGGAGGUAAAGAACAUGGCCAAGCAGCUCACAAAUGCGGUGGGGAAGGCGUACAUCCACUGGGUGCACGAUGCCACUGCAGGCAGUGCUAAGAUGGCCCACGCAUGCACCAAGGCAGCGGAGCGCAGCCACCUGGAGGACAUCCUAGAGCAUGAGGGCCAGGUCAUCAACCACCCGCAGCAGCUGGUGGACUCGCGCAAAGAGGCAUGGCAACGCAUGUGGACACGAGAUGCGCAGAAGGCCGAGAGGAUCCAAGAGGCGCUGGCCAAGCUGAGGCAGGCGGCCUUGGCCCAAGAGAAUGCCUUCGAGCCCAUCAGCAAGGACAUCAUCGGCUCCAUCAUCCAGCACCUGAAGCGCAAUGUUGGCCAAGGAGCGGGCUGGUGGAGGGCUCCAGAGCUCAAGGCCAUGGGCGCCCAGGGGCUUGAAGAAUUCGUGCAGUGCCUGAUCAGCUGUGAGCAACGGGCAGCGUGGCCGCGGCAAUUUUGCUUGGUGCUGGAGCUGCUGCUGGGCAAGAAGCCAGGGAUCGGCGGUGAGCGCCCCAUCUGCCUCAUGCCCAUGCCGUACCGCAUCUGGAGCGCAGCCAGGAGGCCCAAAGUAGCCACCUGGAGCAAGGCAGCGGCGGGCUUCUGGGAUGCGGCAGUAGCAGGCUCCUCAGCGCUACGAGUGGCACUGCACAGACUGAUGAGGGCAGAAUCCGCCACGGAGAUGGGCUUUCAUGCAGCAGGAGUCUUCUACGACGCGGCAAACUUCUACGACAAAGUAGGCCUCGACCAGCUGAUUGAGAAAGCCAGCGACCUCCAGUGCCCGUUGCUGCCGCUGGCAAUGGCCGUGCAGAUGUACCUUGCGCCCAGGGCCAUCAUGGCCCACAGCCUCUUCUCGGACAUCUUCGAGCCUGCCAACAGCAUGGUAGCUGGCUGUGGCCAAGCGGUCGACCUCACCAGACCGCUCUUGUAUGACAUCCGGGAUGCAGCACACAGGCACCACAUCUUCGUCGUCAUGCACCAGUACCUGGACGACUUGGCCCUGCAGGUAGAGGGUGCGCGGAGGCAGGUCAUAGAACAGAUCAAGUACGUGGCAGCGCUGGUGCACGAUGGUUUCAAGCAGCUCUCCAUACCCAUCUCCGUCAAGACGGCAGUUGUGGCCACGGACAAGGACCUCCAGGCAGAAGUUGCAAGCAUCCUGGACAGCCUGGGCACCCCCAACAAGCAACCAGGUGUAGUGCGCGACCUCGGCGUGGACACCAGCCUAGGCAAUCAGCUGCGGCGACCUACCCAUGCAGCGCGCCAGGCCAGGGCCAAGCAGAGGGUGGCCAAGCUUAAGGACCUAGCGAAGACGGACGCCAGAGGUGCGGCAAAUGUCUACUCAGCAGGGGCCUAUUGCCAGCAGGCCUGGGACCUGCCAGCGCACGGCAUCACGCCCACGGAGGCGGGAAUGCAAGAGGCAGUAACACGAGCCACUGGCGACCAGAUCAAGCAGUUCUGGCUCACCAUAGUCGACCACCCGACGGAGCUCAAGAGGUACCAGAGGGGCUGGCUCCUGCUUUACGCCAAGCUGGACGCCCUGGAACCCAACCGCAGGUGGCAGCAGGUCAAGGGGCCUAUGACAGGGGUCAUCGCGCAGCUGCUUGGGUUAGGAUGGAUACCGCGACGCCUGGACAGCUGGAUCAGCCCAGCAGGUGAAGAGUGGGCAUACAAGCCAGAUGACAUUCCACACUUCGGCGCGCUCCUGCAUGGGGUCCAGCAGAGCGCGCAGCAGCAGCUCUGGCAGCAGGCAGCAUGCCAUCGCAGUGAAGAAGGACUUCAGGCAGGAGGUGACCUCUUCCAGCUGCAGCGCCACCUGAGGAGGAGGAGGCGCAAAGGACAGCGUGCAGAGGCGGCCAUGCUGGAGACUAUUGCGGUGGCGGGCAUCUGGACCAGGGGGCGUCGCAGGGCGGCCAACCUCAACAAAGAAGGCGACGACACCUGCGCGAGAUGUGGCGAGGCGAUAGAGACAGAGGAACACCGCUACUACGCAUGCCGAGCCAACGCAGAGAUAGGGCACAGCAAUGAUACCGACCUGGCGAAGAAGGCGAAAGAAGCGCUGGACCAGAGGCAAGACCUGCAUUUCUGGCUCCGCGGCAUCCCGCCAGCGGCCUGGGCAGCCAAGGUCGACCCAGACGAGGACGCGGCGAAAGCGGCGCAGAUCUUCUGCACCAGCGAAGAGGCGCAGGCGGCAGCCCAGGCAGGGUACAAGGUUCGAGCAGAUUGCGCCUUCACGGACGGCUCAGGUGGUGCAGGGGAAACGGCCAAGGAUCCCCGCCUCAGACGCUGCGGCUGGGCAGUGGUGGCCUUCAGGUUCGACGAGCAAGGACGUCCGCAGGAAGUGGCCGCAUGGUACGGCACGAUCAGGGCACCACACACGGUGCCACGGGCAGAGCUCACCGCCAUGAGCAAAGCCAUCGGGUACACCACGGCGGCGACGGCCAGGGGACUCAACAUAGUCAGCGACUGCAAGUACGCCCUGGACGCACUCAAGCAGAUCCAGGAUCCAGAGGACCUGGGCUACAGGAGCACGAACUACGACCUCUGGCCCCAGACGAAGCAGCAGCUGCAUAACAGCACGGACACCACCAUGGGCCACCAUAUCCCAAGCCACCUGAUUGAGCACCCAGCCGAGCUGGAGAGGUGGAAUGGUCCCACUUGGUGGGUCAUCGGAAACGAGAUGGCAGACAAGUGCGCAGGCUGGGGAGCGGAGCAUGGAGCACUGGAUCCAGCCAUCAUCGCGCAGCAGCAGACCAGGGACCAGAUCACCAUGGCGGUGCAAAAUCGGCUGUUGGCCAUCAACAUGGCGGUGACGGUGGAGGACCCCAACAAGGCCCCUCAGCGUCCCAAGGCCAAGCGCCGAAAGCCGCAGGCGGCAAGGGACAGGACAAAAAACAUCAAAGACUGGCUGGCAGAGACGGGGGAAUGCCUCGGGAAGUACGGUGGCCACCAGGACCAGCACGGCAACGUCAGGCUCGACUUCAAGGCGGCGCAGAUCGGCACGCAGGUGGUGGACGUCUCCCACAAGACGCAGUUCACCCAUGGCUGGGUCUGGUGCGAGAAAUGUGGCGGCACCAGCUACCUUGGGGACCACAAGAGCAGGAUCGUGGCAGGAGUGGCAAGGAAGCUGGCCAGGCCAUGUCAGCCCCCAACAGCAGCAGGGAGGCGGGUCCUGGCGGACAUGCAGAGGGGCAAGCUGCCAAGAGGAGCUAAGCCAGCAGCAGACCCAGAUAAGGAGGGUCUCAACGAGAUCACCAUGCCUGGUGACUUCAAGCUUGGUCUGAGCAACCACGAGGUGAUCGAUCUGGACGGGGACAGCACAGAGGCAGGGGACCCGCAGCCAGCUCCACAGCAGCCACCCAGCCACCCGCACUCUGUCGUCCAAGCCAGCUGGAGGCUUGUGGACUACAUGGAGGGCUACGCGGAGCUGUGGAUGAACAUGGUCGACCAGGAGGUCUGGGACGACAUGGGCGACUUGAUGGAGCAUUGCGUACCAUACCUCCUGGCCAUCACCAACGUGGGCGACAGAAUGGACUCGCAGGAGCACACCAGGGCUGUCACCGUGCAGGAGCAGCAACAUAUCAAGGACUUCUGCGAAGAAGUCUGGCGCAACACGCACCGCAAGCGACGGGGGCUCAUGACCGGGAUGCCUACCCUCCCGUACGGUACAAGGCAGCAGGUAGCAAGAGUGCACAUGGACGCGCUCCAGAACAGAAGGGGCCACAUCCUAGCGCACAGCAUCCCCAGCAGCGAGCGCAGGCCGCUGCCGAGUACAGCGGAGGCCAGCAGAGAGUGGUCACCAGAAAACCUGGAUGAUGAUGACUCGACACCAGACAGUGGAGCCCCAGAGCAGGAGGGCGAGCCGAGCGACCAGGAGAUGGAGACCAUGGCAGGACCUGAUCAGGGGAGCGACACCAACAGCCUGAUGCAGACGGUUGUGCAGGUGGCAGCAAAGCUGGCCAAACCAGUGGGGCCCGACCUGAUGAAGUUCGUGAGCGAAGCCGAUGAAGCUGGCCUGAUCCACCCAAGGCUACGACACAAAAGGGAAGCCGACCAGGACCCCGAGCAGGAGGUGGCGUGGCUCGAGAGGAACAGGCUCGAGCAGCACAUGCAGUCGCUGGCAGGCUGCUGGACCCAGAAAGAGGGCACACAUGGCUGGCCAUCGUGGCAGGCUGCGAGCGUGCCCUAUGUGCUGAGGGAGUUGCAGACGGGCGUCUACCAGAGGCUGUCCAGCCACGAGUCAGGGCUGAGCCGCCAGCGCAGCCAGCGCCGAGCGGCGGAGGAGAUCUGCCGUAUGGCAUGGCUCAGCAGUGGAGAGGCGCGCAGGCAGAGCCAGCAGCAGGACCCGAAGGAGGCAGAGCGGCGCGAAGCAAUGGCAGAGCAGCUCCUGG